CUUCAACCAAACAUCUCUUUGAGCACAAUCGUUCACAUUGAUUAUUGCACAUCGUCAAUAGCCAGGACGAUUGCGCACCUUGCGACUGCGACGAUUUGCUCAGCUCGCCGCUACUCGCUCUUACCUACACGAUUCCUUGACUUUAUCGAUUUUUUUGCAUUCGACCGAGCGCUCCUGCAGCCACGAAUUACAAUUAUCCAGCGAACCACUCAUUGCGGUCAAUAAUCAGCAUUCGCUCGAUUUUGGGACAGGCCACUUUCAAUCACAAAUUAUCACAGUCUCCCAUUGCCCGAACCGUCCGAUCCAACAGCCGACGACGGAGCGACCGAGGAGUGCCGAGCUCCUUCGCCUUUGUCCACCGAGUCUUGACAACCGACACCAAAGCCCAGCCAAGCUUCCCUAUGCUUGGUUAAUCACCGGUCGAAAUGAACAGAAGGGCACCUGCUGCUUCGGAAAUGCCCCGCAAACGCCGGCGGAUACGAGGACCAAGUGCCAUGGCUUCAGACCCUCCCCAGCUCACCUGGCCCACCAGCCAGGUCCCGGUCGAGAUCUUUGACGAAAUCACCACCUACCUGUCCCGUUCGGAUGUCAAGAACCUCCGCUUGGUCAAUCACGAGUUCGACAAGAUGAUCUCAUCCAAAUACUUCCGCAACGUUGUGGUUCCUUUCCGAUCCGAGAUGUACAAGGCGAGAAAGCAAAAGUACCUGGAUGAUGGAGGUGGAGCGCAGCCUCCACUCGGAGUGGACACCCUCUUCUCCAGCGGCAUGCGCAUCUUUCAGUCCUUUGGCGAGCACAUUCUUCGAUUUGCCUUGUCGCUCGAGCUGGACGAGGAGAGCCUUGCCUACCCUCCCAUCAAGCCGACCCAGAAAGCCGUUACCUCGUACUGGGGUAUCUACCGCUGGCCUCACGAGUCGUACAAUCGGUAUGCGGAACUUGAGGGGCUUGAGCAGACUGCCGAUGAGACAGCGUCUAUGACAGAGGCCUUGAAGUGCUUGGUGAGGGUUCAGGAACUCGGGCUGUGCUGCGAUGCUGGACUGGGCUACCUUCUGGGACCCGACCAGCAGUUGGAGAGCCCUCCCCUGCCGCACCCGGUCUUUGGCCUCCGCAAUUUACGAUACCGAAACCUGCAGCGACGCCUGGCCCGAGACGAUUCGGACUCUAUGAAUGCCCGAAAGCUCGCCUUUGAGAGUCCUCGAGAUUUCAAGUAUACCGUACUGGAGGCCAUGGUCAAGAAUGCCGGGUACACGCAAGAGCAGGCUAAGGACGCUAUUGCUAUACUCUUGAGCACCGAGAAUGUCUCACUGUCGAAUAUCGACUUUGACGAACGUACCGCCGCUGCUGCUGCCGCUGUCGCAGCCGCCAAUGCAGCCGCCCAUGCAGCCCAGGCCAACGCUGAAGCUCGUGCCGAUUUCAUUGCUCACACCACUCCUCAGAACAUCCAUAACCUCGCCCAGAUCUUACUCCAAAAUCAACCUCCCCCGUUCAUCAACGCUAAUGACGCUGAGGAUCCCGAGCAUGAUGACGAAGUUGCUGAGGCAAACGCUGAGGCGAGAGCGGCGGCCAAUGUGCUUAAUGAGCUCACGGCGGGCCAUCCACUACAGCCUAGAAAUCUGACUAGAGCCCAGAAGGAGAUGCUGCUAGAGUUGGAAUGGGCACACCGAGCUCUCAUUCAAUCAUACGUCCUCGCCCUCAUCGACAACGCUCGGAUGAAUAGCUUCAGUUCUUUGACGACCCUGACGAUCGCCAAAAUUCCCAGCAGCCACGUCUACAUGUUUCAAAGGUCGGAUUUCUGGCAGAGCCUGCCCAACCUUACCAACGUGGCUCUUGCUGUUGUAGCCGACUGGCGUCAGAUAUCCAAGGUCGCUCCUGGCUGUGUCGAGGACAACCCCGUCUCGCCCGUAGAGGCGGUGACCAAGGUCUACCGCUUGUUGCAAGACCAUAUCUCGACACAAUCCAACAUCAAAUUCCUCCAUUUCGAGUGGAUUUGUGGUGGCGAGUUUGCACCUGGCAUCACUCAGCGGAACCAAUACGUGCUUCCCGCCCCAUUCUGCUCGCCGUCGCAGAUGAUACACCACGCAGGUGCCAAGUCGCCCGAAACCUUGCUCACUCUACCGCACAUCAGACACCUGUCGCUCAAGAACUGCUACUGGGCGCCGCACGUCUUUCUACAGGUUCUGCGGACAAUGGGAACCCAGUCUCUGGAAAAGCUGGAACUCGAAAGUGUUUCUCUCACGGGCGCGCCCAUGAGAAACCUUCCCGAUAUCGGACAGGCACAUGAACAAGGCCAGGCUCACGGUCAUAAUCAGCUACCUGCGCUGCCGCCGGCUCCUAUGCAUCUCCAAGCCAACACGGCCUUCGCAGGUUUGCCAGCGGUUCCGGCCGGAGUGGUGGUCCCUCAAGGCCCGCUGCAUGCUCCUGGCGUCUUGCCGGCGCAUCUGAUUGGCAUGAUGCAGCACCAAGCUCUUCCGCAAAUCGCCAAUGUGGCGAACAACGCGGCGCCUCCUCCGCCUCCAUCCGAUCCAUUGGCCGGCUGGAGUAGGAUGCGACUAAGACAGCCACGACUGCUGUCUUGGGCUGGCAUCAUUGAACGUCUCGCCCCGACUCCGCCGAUUCAAGAGAUCAUGGUUGGUCAAGAUGACGAAGAUGAUGAAGAGGAUUGGGUGGACGACUUUGUACGAAAGGAUGAGGGAUUCUCGCUGUUGCUGCGGCCACACAGUCUCGUCAGGGAGAAGGAUUUGCUCAGCAUUCAGCACAUCUCGCUCAAGUCCUGCGGCUACGCAGUCUUGGACACCCCCACGGUUGACAAUCAUAGUAUCAUGCCAACCAACACCCCUUGGCAAGAGCCUUCGGAAGUGACUUCGCGUCGACGGGAGCUUAUGCCCUUCAUGCAGGCCUGCGGCGACAGGCUGGCGGCUAAGAUCACCAAUUACCUGAACAAUCAGGAGCACUUCAACCUUUCGACUGCCUUUGGUAUGGAUACGGAGUGGACUGGUGUGUACGAUGAGGAUGUCAUUGAAGCUGCAAAGAGGGAUGGUAUCGUUCAUCCUGGAAGAGGACGAUUCACGGGUAUGAUUACCAAGAUGGCAGAGCAGGUUUGA